AUGGAUGAACGAAGAAUUGGUGCAGAAGAACGAGGAAUGGAUAUAGAAGUGGGUGAGGAAAACGGAAGUGUUGGUGAUAAAGUAAGGAAGGUUGGAGAUGAAGUAAGGAAGGUUGGAGACGAAGAAGGAGUGCCUGGCAGCGAAGAGCGAAACCCUGGCGGUGAAGGGAGCAGUCCUGGUGGCGAAAGGCAAAAUCCCGGCGGUGACGACAACGCAGCGGAGGGUGGCGAACAGAGCCAAGAAAUUGUGAUUGAAAGAGCGGGAGAAGAAAUGCAAACGGCUGGAAAAUCGUGGGCAGAUAUUGUUGGUUCGCAGAAUUUAAGUCAAGGAGUUGUUCCGUUACCACAUGCUCGGUUUGGUGCUAGGGUUGCUAGACCCAACUCUGUUGUGUUGCAUACCCAAGCGUUUAAGGAUAUUACCGUGCGUGAGGUCAUGGAUGCAGUGUUAAAAUGUGUGAGACAAGAUACAAUUAAAUGUGUGCAACAAGUUCCUGGACCUCGGUAUCGUUUGACUUUUCGCUCGUUGGAAUAUAAACAAUUAUUUUUAGAUCAACCGUUUUAUUUGCGGGGUGAACGAGUUAUUGCUCAAGAGCUUGAUAUGGCCACGUUACAAGUGAAAGUUUUGUAUGCCCCUAGUGAAAUUUCUAAUCAAACGAUAGCUGCAACGUUGGCGAAGUAUGGCAAAAUAGUGAAGGUGGAUCGGGAAAUGUAUCGUGAUUGGCCUAAUGUCGAAACUGGGGUUCGACUGGCAACAAUGAGUGAAUUAACUGAGGGGAUUCCCCGUCGUCUCUUUAUUGGCCCUUAUCCGAUAGAAACUAGAUAUCGUGGGCAAGUGCCUUUAUGUGGUCGAUGUGGCGAAUAUGGUCAUCGAGUUGCUACAUGUUCGAAUGAUGUAAAGUGUUUCAAGUGUGGUCAAAAUGGUCACAUACAACGUCAAUGUUUCAAGUGUUUUCUAUGUGGACAGUUUGGGCAUGUCAGGGCAAAUUGUCUCGAGAAUCGACGUGACGUGUCCAAUGACAGCGAUGAUGAAACGUCGGAAAGUAAUUUGAGUAACGAUAUUGGUCGUGAUGAAGACCGUAGCGUAGACUCUCGGUCGAAUGAUGAAGAUAUGGACCCUGUGGACUCGACAAGUUGUAAGGAUCCAGGUGACAUCAGAGAUGAAGUCAUGAACAAGAUAUAUAAUGAUGUCAGCCAAUCUUACUCAGCAGAACAAGGAUCUGUUCAAACCGUCGAGAACAACAAAAGAAAAGCAGAAGAGGACGUUUCCAUACCUGACGAAGGUGUUAAGGUUCCUGGAGACUCCACUGACCAACGUGUCAGUGACAUGGGCAGCUCACCUGAAGAACGGACAAAAAAGACCAAUAAGGAGAAAAAGAAGAAGAGGAAAAAACAUAAUAAACCUUAA